GGGGGUUUAUGGGAAGGCAAAGGGAAUGAGCCCGGCAGCAGGGGUGCUUUCGGCUCCUGGAACCUACUCUGGAUCUUACCUAAACCACCCCGAAAAUGGGACCUUUGGGCCCAAGUCCAGGCAGCUUGCGCAGUCAGUGCAGGCAGACAGGGCGCCCGCACUCACUGAAGGUGGUCUUUUUUUUUUCUUUUCUUUUUUUUCUUCCUUGUAGCUUCUCCCGGCCGACAGACCGGCUGACUCUCCACAGCAUCAGUGAUCUCUACGAACCUCCCCGAAUUGGAAUCCGCCCUAAACCUACACAUCCACAUUACCUGUCGUGCUUCACCCACCUUUCUCAUCAUCAUUCCUCUGCCUCUACUCGAAUAUCCUUCUUCGAUCCUAGGUCUUCUUCCUUCGAUCAUCAACUCUACAGGCAACCCAGUGUGUUAACUCUUGUGUCUCCUGCGCGCUCUCUGCCAUAGCUGGCUACCACGUCACCCCCAAAAAUUCCCACCUAAGCUCACGCGACCCCGACCUUGUUGGCUGCGCACUACCAAAGCUAUCAAACAUGGCCGCCUCUCCCGUUCAGAACCCCGCGGUGCAAGCCGAAUCCAAGUCGGCCAAGAAGAAGAAGGCGAAGAUUGCCGAGCGCACCGAGUCCCCUGCUCCUACUGCCUCUCCCGCCCCCGAGAGGGCUGACGGCUCCGAUGAGUCUGGCGAGACGCCCUACAUUCGCGAGAUCCAGAAGUAA